AUGGUCAACCUCGAGAUCCCAUCCGAAUAUACAUUUUCGCCUUCUGAAGGUACACCCCAACUUACUAUCAAUCGAGAUGCUACGAUUGAUCUCGAUUCUAGUAAUGCAUUCGAAGGCCCAGAAAAACUUCUAGAAGUUUGGUUUGCCCCAUCUCCGAAUGAUCUACCUAUCGGUGCUAAACAAGAUGGACUCAAAUCCGUCUCAGCCGAAACAUGGACUGGAAUGCUAGAUCUUGUCAACUGUAAAGUUUUGUCAGUCAUUGAGUCUGAGCACGUGGAUGCGUACCUCUUGUCUGAGUCCAGCAUGUUCAUCUUCCCCCACAAGCUUAUUCUGAAGACCUGCGGCACCACUACCCUUUUGCUCGGACUUCGUCGAAUGUUGAGAAUUGCGGCCGUUUAUGCCGGCUUUCCAGCCCAGAAUUGCAAAUCUAUCGAAGAAGUCAAGAUCGCUGCCAAACCCUACCGAGUCUUCUACAGUAGAAAGAACUUCUUAUUCCCCGAGAAACAACAAGGUCCACAUCGAAGCUGGAAGGAUGAAGUCAAAUAUCUCGAUGACAUGUUCUUAGGUGGUAGCGCGUACAUGGUUGGCAAGAUGAAUGGAGAUCAUUGGUAUCUAUACCUGACUAACCCUAACACCGACCUUACGCCGCCCCAAACUCCAGAUGCAGAGAGGCCGGUUACUGAGACGAAGGUCUUAAACAUGCCCGAUGGGUCUUUGUCUACCCUGGAAAGCGAUUGUGCCCAAGGACCAGAUGAAACCUUGGAGGUUCUCAUGACUGAUCUGGAGCCAAACAACGCCAAACAAUUCUAUCUUGAUCACGCGGUUGCGGCCGCGGAGAGCAAGUAUGCCAAAAGGGCUUUGAAGGCACGACAGGAGGCAGAAGACAGUUUGGGAGAACUGAGUCGAACCGAUUUAAGCGUUAGCGGUACCACAGCCGGGAGUACCAACACCGAUGAAACCUUCGACGUUUUUAGUAACACAUCUUCCGAUCACAACGGAGGUAUUGUCACACCGGAUGAUGAUAUUUCGUUCCCCGAAGAGUUGGGAACCGAGGGACACGCGCUUGGUACGGUAGUAUCCGAAGCUUGCGGUCUAUCAGAUGUCUACCCUACCUCAAAGUACCCCGAUGCACGUGUUGAUGCCUAUCUUUUCACUCCUUGUGGAUUUUCGGCCAAUGGAGUUAUUCCUGCUCCUGACCAAGCAGGCACUGCUACACAUUAUUUCACGGUCCAUGUUACGCCUGAACCUCAAUGCUCGUAUGCCUCGUUCGAGACCAAUGUUCCUGGCUGCCAGACUGGUCGUGAAACAGCUGAUGUCAUCGAGCAUGUUGUUGAUAUCUUCAAGCCAGGGCGUUUCAGUGUCACACUCUUUGAGUCGAAGAACAACUCGGCGGAGGGAAGAGAAUUGACAUUGCUUGGUGAUUCUGCCUCGGCCAUGAAGAGUGCAGGCGCCGCUCGUUUGAGAAGUGCAAGAAUGGAAAACAUCCCCGGAUAUCGUAGGGUUGAUAGGAUCGUACACGACUUUGACGGAUACGAUUUAGUCUUCCGCUACUACGAGCGUGUUGGUUGGGAAGGUGGUGCACCGCGAGUGGGAGAGAUUGAUUGA